AUGUCACGGCUUACGCUUUGGGUUCGAGCUGGUUCAGAUGGUCUCAAGUGUGGUGGAGAUCCAGCUGCUCAGCAACUUUUUAUGCUUAUGCUAUGGAAGUCUGAGCUUGACCCUCGAUUGAAGUUCGACGUCAAGACAGUGAAUGAGGCUCGCCCACCACAAGAAUUCAAAGACGUUGGUCUUCGACGAACGCCAGCCCUUCAAAUCGAUGAUGACACUGCUUUCUCAGUUGAAGAUGAAAUUGUUGAAGAACUCGAUAGAUAUGGCCCUCCUCGUAAAAGAUCGCCCGAAGCCGAGAAUGCGACCGCGGACCUCUUCAGGGUUUUCGCUUUCUUCAUAAAAGGCGUUGAAAAGGAGCCAAAAGCGCUGCUCGGAGAGCUGCAAAGGAUAGACGAAUAUCUCCAGGAGACCGGUUCUCGAUUCCUAUGUGGUGACGAGCCUUCUCAUAUCGACUGCACUGUUCUGCCUCGGUUACACUCCAUCAGAAUUGCAGCUAAGGCUCUCAAGGACUUUGAUAUACCCACAGGACUGACCUCGCUGUGGACAUAUUUGAAGAACGGCUACCAGCUCCAAUCAUUCACCACUAGUUGUGCACCUGACCAGGAGAUUAUUCUAUACUGGUCAGACCGACCCGAUACUCAAGGUCUGCCGUCUGCAAAAAGAGCUCAAUUGGCUCGUCAAGCUCCGACCUUCACUCACACCAUACCUGCAGAAGUAGCUCUAUCGUCGUGA